CGGCUCCCACCCACUUUUCUCAGUCUUCAGGUCUGCGUGGCGGCAGCGUGGCCGCAAGAGCUGGGGGUCUUCUAGAGCAGGGGUUUCCACCGCUUAUCCCCGCCCGCCCGGGGUUCCCGCAGCCGCCGCUGGCCAGGCAGGGGUAUUGCCCCGUCGGCCCCAAGGGAGCUGGAGCGGGGCUGCCCGCCGGACACCCCGCGGGAGGGAGAGCAGGCACAGCCGGACUCGGCGUGGUUGGUGACCCGUCGGGCUCCGCUAGGGCUGGCAGGGGCGGCUGCAGCCCUGACCCCGACUUCACAGCCCCGUUGAACAACCGGACAGGGGAAGCGCUGGGGAAGUGUGUGUGCUCCUGUGCUGGUAUCGCGGACGGACACGGAGCCCCCAUCCCGGCCCGCAGCCGCCUUGUCAUGCUGCCCAAAGUGGAGACGGAGACUCUGGGACUCGCCCGGUCGAAUGGAGAACAGGGGCAGAUGCCGGAAAACAUGCAAGUGUCUCAGUUUAAAAUGGUGAAUUACUCUUAUGAUGAAGACCUUGAGGAACUGUGUCCAGUCUGUGGAGAUAAAGUGUCUGGGUACCAUUAUGGACUUCUCACCUGUGAAAGCUGCAAGGGAUUCUUUAAGCGAACAGUCCAGAAUAACAAAAGGUACACAUGUAUAGAAAAUCAGAAUUGCCAGAUUGACAAAACACAGAGAAAACGGUGCCCUUACUGUCGAUUUCAAAAAUGUCUAAGUGUUGGAAUGAAAUUGGAAGCUGUGCGAGCUGACCGAAUGCGUGGCGGUCGAAACAAGUUUGGACCAAUGUACAAGAGAGACAGGGCACUGAAGCAGCAGAAGAAAGCGCUUAUCCGAGCAAAUGGACUGAAACUGGAAGCCAUGACUCAGGUGAUUCAGGCAAUGCCGACUGACCUGACAAUAUCCUCUGCAAUCCAGAACAUCCAUUCUGCCUCCAAAGGCCUACCUCUGAACCAUACUGCCUUGCCUCCUGCAGACUACGACAGAAGUCCCUUUGUAACCUCUCCAAUUAGUAUGACAAUGCCACCCCAUGGCAGCUUACAAGGUUACCAAACCUAUGGCCAUUUUCCAAGCCGAGCUAUCAAGUCUGAGUACCCUGACCCUUACACUAGUUCACCAGAGUCAAUAAUGGGCUACUCAUAUAUGGAUAGUUACCAGACAAGCUCACCAGCAAGUAUUCCACAUCUGAUAUUGGAACUCUUGAAAUGUGAGCCAGAUGAGCCUCAAGUCCAAGCUAAGAUCAUGGCAUAUCUGCAGCAAGAGCAAGCCAACAGAAGCAAACACGAGAAGCUCAACACAUUUGGGCUUAUGUGUAAAAUGGCUGACCAAACCCUCUUCUCCAUUGUUGAGUGGGCUAGAAGUAGCAUCUUUUUUAGAGAACUUAAGGUUGAUGACCAAAUGAAGUUGCUUCAGAACUGCUGGAGUGAACUCUUAAUUCUAGAUCACAUUUAUCGGCAAGUGGUGCAUGGGAAAGAAGGCUCCAUCCUUCUGGUUACUGGGCAACAAGUGGAUUAUUCCAUAAUAGUAUCCCAAGCUGGAGCCACCCUCAACAAUCUUAUGAGCCAUGCACAAGAACUAGUAGCAAAACUUCGUUCCCUGCAGUUUGAUCUACGAGAAUUUGUAUGCCUCAAAUUCCUGGUGCUGUUUAGUUUAGAUGUCAAAAAUCUUGAGAAUUUCCAGCUUGUGGAAGGUGUUCAGGAACAAGUGAAUGCUGCUCUGCUGGACUACACAAUGUGUAAUUACCCACAGCAAACGGACAAAUUUGGGCAACUUCUCCUGCGACUACCAGAAAUCCGGGCCAUCAGUAUGCAGGCUGAAGAAUACCUCUACUACAAACACCUGAACGGGGAUGUGCCGUGUAAUAACCUUCUCAUUGAAAUGCUGCAUGCAAAGAGAGCAUAAAUUAUACCCAUUAGAGCUUCUGCUUUCAAGGAAAAAAAAUAUAUUCUGAACUGCUCCAAGCAACACUAAUUAAAACAUGGUUUUAAGACUCUGCAAAAUGGUAUAAUAAUCAAAUACUAAUAGUAAAUAAGUGAUGUAUCAGGGUAUUUGUAUUGCAAACUGUGAAUCAUAUGCUACACAUCCCCAAAGGAAUCUAUAUAGGACUUUAUACUGGAGUGAAGUGAACUUACCAAGUGGAUACUACCACCAAUGUCAACAUGAAAAAGGACAGAAUGAUUCUUGUAUAUUUAACUCUGCUGAUUGCCAAUAUGAAGAAACUUAGGAGGAAAAAGAACUGAUCUGUAUUACCAAGCUAAGAUAGUGGGGAAUUUUGAGUGCACUAAAUUCCUUCGCUGUACAGCAGGACUUCUAAAGCAGUUCUAAUAGGUGCAAAACUGCAUCUAUAGCAUCUGUCAUCCUUCCAAGGACCCAAUGCUUAGUUCUUCUGUGAUAAAUGAUGUGGCAUCCAUUUAACAACCUGUAAGAGAGAGCUGGCCUAGGCCAGGUGCUAUGUAGUGUCGCCGCCAAAUCCUAGGAGGCUGGUUUUGACUGUUGGUUUCUCAGGCCUGCAAAUCACUAGUAUGAAGAGUCUGUUAUCCAGUUAGCUUGGCAUUCUUACUAUGUUCUGAAGUUUGUUUUGUCACGUGUUCAUGUUCUUCUAUUGGGCAGUAUCCCUCAUCUACUACUGCUGAUGGAUAGCUAUUAAAUAGCCAAGAUAAAUAUUCCGAAAAGAAAUUAGCCAAUUCAACUAUAUACUUAACCAGUGCAGUGGCUAAAAUAGGGCUCUGCUAUGCAUUCAUGACCAUUUCCAAAUAAAGAAAAUGGAGAUAUUUUAGCCAUCAUGAACAACAGCUGCUUUGACAGACACAAAGAAUGUUUUCUAGACCAUGAAAUACUGAUGUUUAAAAGCUAAAACUAAAAUUUAAAAAAUGCAUUUAGUGAUGCAAGAAUAGACAAAUAAACUGUAUGACCUGAUGAUGCCUUGGAGCUUAUUAAGAAAUGAUCUUUAAAAUUGCCAGGAAUUAGGAAACUAAAUUUAAGCUCAAACAUCCAGUAUCUAAUGAAACUUCUUCCUUUUAAAGUUAGAUAAUACACAUCUUUUACGCAAAGAAAGAAGAGUGAUACUGCUACGUGUAUGUAGGCCAAAGUCUGCUGCAGAACAAAUAUUAGAGAAGAACAAACAAUUCUCUCUCUGUCCAAAUGAAGAUAUCAGUAUUAACAUGCAGUGCCACAGUUAUAAGUCUUGCCUUAUUUCAUCAUCCUUUCAGGUAACUGUGCAGGUGUGAAUCAACAUACGUUGAAAAUAAAGUAUUAAUCUCUUAACAUUAACAAAAACAUAGUGUUUACAUUCUUUAGGUCCUGUGGGGAAAAAACUGUGAUAAGAUUGCAGAGCAGUGAUUUCCUUAUUAUUUCUUUUAAAUUGGUAAUUAUUUUACCAGUACUUAAUUACUGUAUGUCGUGAGACACUAAAAUCAAUAGGGGUAUUGCAUUUUUACUUUAAUUUUUGAGAUUAUUGGCUGCACAAUCACUUGUAGAAACUGUAUAAAAUCCUAAUCCUUUUUUGUUUGUUUGUUUUCCCACAAAGAUUGCUGGCUUUUGAAUAGUUUAUUUAUAUUGUAUAUGAUAGUAUCCACUGUAGACAAUUAUGAUGCUAAUUUAUUGUUCUUUGGUUUCAUCUUUAUCUAAGAAAUAGCAAGAAUGAAGAAGCCAAAUAUAUGUGUUUACUGUAGCAUGUCUUCAAGUUAGUGGAACACAGUUCAGGGACACACAAGGGUCUUUACAAAUUAAAAUCAUUCACUUGAUUAAAUGUCUGUAAAUCUUCAUAAUCCUAAAUGUAGUUUAUUUAAAUCUAUUGUAAAUUAUGUGAGUUAUAGCUUUUUCUGUUUCAUGUGAACUUGAAAAGGUGCAUUUCUUUUUUUUUUUUCCAACCAUUCACACAUUGCAUACCAAAGACACCAGGUAUUUCAUCUACAUUCAUACAAAGCACUCUAUUUUAAUCACCUGUAUUAAUCAGUUCCAAUAUCCUGUCCAUGCAUAGGGUACAAACACAGCAAAGCCCAGUGUCUGCAAUUCCUAGAUGCCUGUCUUGUGUCACAGAACACACGUACUGUUGGUCGGACCAAAACCAAACCAAGCACAGCUCCCUUAGCCACCCCACACAGCAGACAUGCAAGUGUUAUUGGAACAACAACCUUCUCCCUCAAGCAAUCUAAAUUAACAGAAAUUAAGAUGGAGGUGGCAAUUGAUGGUGCCUGUGAAAUAUGUAUAUACACAUGUACAAGAUAAGUGUGGUCAUUCCUUCCUUCCUAAAAGAAAAACAAGCAUACUUCAAGUGUUUGCAUUCUGUAUUUUCUCUUUCUUUUUUUCCUGUUGAAAUACUACAGUGAAUCUCACUGAAUAUUAAAAAAGCUUAAAAAAUGUUGCUAACUGUAUUCACAGCACCAUAAUCUAUAUACAGGACAGAGGAAUUAAGGUGGUGAAAGUUUUUCAUACAGUGUAAUGGAAACAAUUUCAGAUAAACUAACAUAUAAUUGCCCACAUCUGUGGUUCCGAGAAUCCCAUCAGAUUGCCCAAAGUACGCAAACAAAAAAAAAAAAAAAAUCACCAAAAAAAACCCCUCAUGUUAAUUGUUAACUACCUUGUAACCAGACAUUUAGUUCUGACUGCCUUAUUGAUUACAGGACAUAUUAGUAAAAGCAGACUAGAAUUCAAAGGGUUUGGCUUUGGCUGGUUUAUUAUAGUUGUUCUGUGUUUGUAAACAGACAAUCUGUAAAGUCUGACUAUUUGUAUUACAGAUGUUCUGCAGCUGCCUUGGAUUUAAAUCCAUGCAACUCUUAGAAUGUGCAGUGAGUUACUUGUUGAAGUUGAAGUUCUCUUACUGUAUCAGUGAAAUACAUAUUGUCAUGUCAGUUCUUGCCAGAAGUUUCUCUUCACCAAUGGAUUUUUUUUUCAGUAUUUCAAUAAAUAUUGAUAUGCCUGUGCUGAUUACUUUAUAA